AUGUCUUCAACAUCAUCCUCUCGGCAUAACACUGAACAACAACAAGAGCAUGAAUCUCCUCCACAACAACAAGAUACCGAGCUUAACAUGCAUUCCAUGAAUGAGAAUCAAACUAUACAAGACUCUCAUGCCAUGAUGCCUCCGACUCAUUUGAUUACCACGAAAGGUAAUAACGGGGAGAUGAAGAGUCAUCAUCAUCAAGAGCUUGAUCCACUUUACGAAAAAUCUAACAACAUGAACGCCCUCUCGUCCUCUUCCUCGAAUGUUGAUGCAUCUGAUGUGGUGUUGGCGUUGGAUGGUUCUUCAACGCCAUUACCUAACUGUAACAGAAUCGAGAUCCCAUCCGAGGAGGAGAGGAUGAAUGAAGAGGAGCAUGCCAAUGACCCUGGAAGAGAUUUAGCCAAAUUAUCCACCUCCUAUAUGGAACAGCCAAAAGAUUGGGAAGCUCAUGGCACUAUCUCUCAAAAUCAGCAUCACGCUACCACUAUUCCAAAUAUGAAUACAUGUGUGGCUAUUAAUAAUAAUUAUAGCACUAGUAACCACAUCAACACCACUAGUACAAGUAGUACUACUUCUACUAGCCCCAAUAGUACAUCCACGAAUAAUCAUAUUCUUAACCAUCAUCAUCAUCGUGAUACCGAUGAUGAAAAGGCACCAUCAACUACACAUGUAGUAUUGGAAUCCAGCGAUAGUACUAAGACGACAAAUACUUUCGAAAAACAUAUCACCUUGAACCAUCAUAGCUCUAAUCUCAUCAACCACACGACAUGCACCAACAACAAGGAUACAGAGCCUUCAUCACAAUCCACACAUGUACAUGAAGAAGCCUCCAUGAUCAGCUCCACAUGCAAUUCUUUCCGAGGUCCUCCUGAUCAACCAUUCCAUCUUUCCAAGCACAACAAUGAUGCACCAUCUUCUCCUCACAUGAUGAUGAUGACCAACAAACUCUCGGAUGGUGAUUUGGAACAACAAAAUUCCACUCCAUUUGAACCAAAUUUGGCGUCAAACCCAAUACAAACCAAUUACCUCAAUGAUGAGAAUAAUUCCAACAAGGAAACACCAAUUUCUGUUCCAAUUCGUCCGAUUGCCACAAAUACAAAUCCCGUUCCUCAACCCAUGGAUGCAGUGUAUUCAACCGUAUGGUCAUCACCCUCUUCAAAAACAUUUUCCUCAACAUCUCCAGUUGGCGUUCCUACUAUUACUUCUACUAUUGCUAAUACUACUACUACUUCUGCUACUACUACCUUUUCAUCAGUUGCUGCUACAAGUGCAACACAAGGCAGUACAGCAUUGAUGGAUGCAACUUCCUCGUCUCCUUAUCCUUUACCACCUCCAAUGAUGCCCAUCCAUCAUCAUCCUCAUGCUUCACCCUCCUCUUCCACUAAUCUAACACAACCAUCACCACCACAUCCUUCCAUGCAUUCGAAUUAUUCCUCACGUCCACCACCACCACUUCAACAUCCUCAUCACGCUUAUCCACAUGCAUAUCCAUCUCAUGCACCAUCACGCUAUCAACAACCUCCUCCCUAUGGCGGCUACAGUCACUCGUUUCCACCACCACCUUCACCAACGUAUCAUGCAACAUCCCAAACACAUUCGUAUCACUUUUACAAUCAAAGCACAUACAAUCAUUUGCCACAUUCCACAAGUAGUGGACAUUCGUACAUGCAUCCACCAUCAUCAUCACAUUAUCCUUAUACUCCUACUCUACCUCCUUCUUCUUCAUAUCCAUCUGAAUACACCUAUUCACCACCUCAAACGUACCAUGUUCCUUCAGGAUCGCCUCCUUCUUCAUCCUCUCAUGUGCAACAACCUCCAUCCAUGUAUGACAUGUCAAAAAAUUUUGUACCUUCACAGUCGAAUAAUUUCACUCAUUCAUCAACAAGCUCAGUUAUGGAAUAUAACACGAAUGCGACAUCAACACCGACGUCAAUAACAAGCUCUACAACAGAUAGAUCAGCAACUGCAAAUAGACCAGUACCUGUGGCAGCAGUAGCUAGAAAAACUACUCAAAAUUCCAAGAACACCAAAUCAACACCUUCUAAAAACAAAACUGCUGGUGCAACAGUAACCUCAAUGUCAACUUCUGUCGCCCAAACGAAACUACUGCAAACACCUCCUACAGAGAGCUCGUCGUCUUCUAAUACUAGGUUUCCUUCUGUAUUUGCUAGUUUUAGCAGUGAGAACAGAGCCAUUGCAAAUUCAUCAUCGAGACCUAGAAAUGGUAUUACCAAAACCUUUCAAUUGCCAAAAAUUGAUGGUGAUGAUAUUACUCUACUUUUUUCUUUUUAUAUUGAACCACCACAUGACAUUAGAAUGAAAAAAGCGUGUCUUGAAGUUGAGGUCAACCAAAAUUCGUCAAAUCAAAAAGAAAUCACACGCUACUACUGGAGAGUUAAAUCUUUAGAGAUCUAUGAAAAAACAUGUUUUUUCAGAUAUAAAAAGACUCAAUCAGGAGAGAGCGAUCAGAACUGGCAACUAGACAAUGAAAAUUACGAUAUCAAUGGCUUUUCAAUCACCAAAACAUAUGACGACAUGAAUGAUGGACAAAAGGUUUACUUCUCUCUGGAAUCGUAUGGAAAACGAGUACAAAAAUCGAAACAUUGCGAAAAAGCAGUCACUUGUCCAUUCAAAGUUACCUUGUCCUUAACAGAUGGAAAAGAUGAGGUUAGAACCAUUACUAAAUGCAUUUGCAUUCACAUGGACAUUAAAAAGGUUGAUAAAAAGACAGUUAUCACUAAAGCAACAUUCCAUGACCAUGUAUUUGAAACGGAUGACAUGGAACGGUUCUUUGCCAAGUACAAUGCAAGACAGCAACAGUGGAAAUGUGAAACACGAGCUCAGAAGCGAAAAUCACCACCGUCGUCCAGCAAUGAACAGCUAGACGAUUCAAUUGGUCAGUCAGAUGAGAGCUCUGCAAGCUCAUCUCAACUUUCGGAAAUGAAAAAGAAAACCGACUCUACCACCAAGAGAAAGAAAACAUUCUCUUAUCGGCAUUCAACCUCUUUGUUGUUGACACACGGUUCCAGUAGUUUUGACAACUUGAAUGAAAUUGUUAUACAUCCUGAAAACCUCUCAGUUCACGAGUUUUCUUCGUUGCUGGAAGAUUGGAGUAUUUCACAACGUGUGGCAGAUGUAAUUGUGAACUGCAAAGUGAUUAACGUUACCAUAGACCAGAGCGCAAUUCGGAUCUACUUUAUUAUUCCAAGAGUGAUGUUACCAACUUUCGACCACUCGAUUGAAACAAAGACCAGCAUUGAGAUACGAUUUAAGGGCGAAGAGUUACCAUCACCAUUGUGCUACACCUUUAAUAGUAAACCGUGA